GCCUUGGCCCUUCUAGCACAAUUGAUCUCGGUGGCUGUCCCGAAGCUUCCCAUCUCCCGUCAUGCAACGGGCGACGGCGGUCACGUGUCGGAGGCGGAGGCAGAAAGUCGGGCCUUGUGUCAGUCGGGGCAGCCGCCAUGCUGUUGCUUUCGCCGCUCCGUGGCCGCCUCCAGCCCAGGCCGGCUUUCCUGACGUCCCUGCUUACGCUCCUCUUGCUCGUCCUGCUGCCGGGGCCCGCGCAGCCCAUCUCCUUCCACUUGCCGGGCAAGGCCCGCAAAUGCCUACGGGAGGAGAUUCACCGCGACAAGCUGGUCACCGGCGAGUAGGAGGUGGCUCCCCCGCCGGGCUCGUCUAGCGGGCCCCCCCCCACCUUACAGAUUACUGACACAGCUGGACACAUUCUUUAUAUCAAAGAGGAUGCUACUAAGGGCAAAUUUGCUUUCACCACAGAGGACUAUGACAUGUUUGAGGCUUGCUUUGAAAGCAAACUCCCUGUGGGAACAGGGCGGAUGCCAGACCAGCUUGUGACCUUGAACAUGAAGCACGGAGUGGAAGCAAAAAACUAUGAGGAGAUUGCUAAAGUGGAAAAGCUGAAGCCAUUGGAGCUGGAGCUGCGACGACUGGAGGAUCUUUCAGAGUCUAUUGUUAAUGACUUUGCAUACAUGAAGAAGCGAGAAGAAGAGAUGCGAGAUACUAAUGAGUCUACCAACAUUCGGGUACUAUACUUCAGCAUUUUCUCAAUGUUCUGCCUCAUUGGACUGGCAACUUGGCAAGUCUUUUACCUGCGGCGUUUCUUCAAGGCUAAGAAAUUGAUUGAAUAGCAGGGAGGUGUAAUUUUCCCUUGUUUUGACACCCCAGGGAGCAGCACAGAGACCUAGCAAUGGUUAUUGAGAGCCAUCUUGGAGUUGACCUGCAAAAACGAACUUUUUCUACAAUUGCCCACCAAAGGGAUGGAGGGAGGGAAAUAUUGGCACAGAAACUGAGGAGGAAAUUCAGAACUAUUAUUGGAUAGAAUUGGAAGGGGCAAUAGGUUGAUUUUGAGAAUUUUUGGACAGGAAUUAAAUAAAAUUGUCUCAGACCUGUCAUUUUUUUUCUUUACAUGUAUGGUUAAAUAAUGUUAUCUUACAUGUCACUAAGCUGCUCACCUAUGCCACUUCAAUACACAGAAUGUGAUAUAUCUGAACCAAUCUUACUUGUUACUACAUGGAGUUUGGUGAAAGAAUGGCUCAGAUGUACUUGGAGCAGAACAUCACAGAAACAGAAGUUGCAAAUGAUCAGGAGCUGCGUUUCAGGAAGGGUGGGGGAGGAAUGACCAGUGACAGCUUACUAUGAAAAUAUUUGAUAUUUAUGUUAUGUACGCCUAAGGACAUAACAGAAAUGGUGUCAUUGCUUAAAUUACAGAAGGACGACUUCAGGUACAGCCUCUUCAGGUUUUCUAUCCCCAUACUCACAUAAUUUCUGCUAAAGUGACACAGUUCUUUAAAAAGCACCUUGAGUCAGAGGUCAUUUAUUUAAUCAUAAGCUUUUCCCUGACAUAUACUUGAAAUGCAUGCUUUUUCUUUUUUCUUUACUUCUUCCUUUCAACAUUUAGCACAUCUUUUGUCAAAAAUAAAAAGUAAAACUACUACUUGAUCUGUAUCAGACUUGCACUGGACAGAUUUAAAUCCGCUUAUAGUCAGAUGCUUAUAAUCUUGCAUCCAUGUAUUGGGAUGUACUAUAUAGAACAAUCAGUUUGCAUAAUCUGCAGUUCUUUUUCAAAGUGUUUGCAUUUUUCUUAGGCUUUAGAAGUUUCAAGGCUUACAUCAGUGGCAAAAAUAUGUUUUGACAUAUUUGUAAAUCCCACUUAUUGAUUCUAUAUGGCCAGCACAACAUCUGUUCAGUCCCAUGUUCAUUUUAAAAAUAGGUGGGGGUGAGAACUUGCUUCUAAACUGCUAUGCAGUGUUUGGUUCCCAUGCAGAGAAACUUCUUUAGCUCAUUAAUUGACAGCAGCUUAUUAGGCUAAACAGUCACAGAGUCCUUUUCUAAUCUAAACUACUAAGCCCCAGUACUACUGUUUUAGAAAAUAUUAAAUAAAUUGACAAAAAGGCUUAUCCUACCCUGUUUUGGCUCUAGAAACAGAAGGAUGCCUGUUGUGUACCCAGCUUACUACUACUCUCCCAAAAUCCCACUUUCUUAACAAAGCAAAAAUAACUUGUUUUUUAAAUAUUCAAAGUAUGGUGCAAAAAUAAAGUAGUCCUGUCAAGGAAACUAUAUUAAAUGUAGGAUAUUAUACUGAUAUGAAAAAGCUGUGGUAUUUUUAAUAAUUUUCUUCUUCGACUUGUUCCUCCCGCAGUGUAAUUUUGCUUGCAAAAGCAUUCACAGAUUUUAGAUUCAGAUCUGAAGAUGUUUUUUCUGGAGAGAUCUCUGUAAAUAUUUGGAAGGAAUUGCAACCUGAUAUGUGAUGGAAAAUUAUGCUUUAGAAGAUGAGGUGCUUACCUCAGAUGGACCUUAUUUAGAUUUUAGUAGGAAUUUCAACAUUUAAAGAAAAAGAAACUGUUUUGGAGUGAUAUCUUUUUACUCAUUCUUUUAUCACUUCUUAGCAAAUCAGGAAUUAGCAUCUUUUGGUAGGUGACAUGAUGACGUGAUAUAUGCAAUAAUUUUGCCUUCAUGACAUUAAUGUCUUUGCUCCUAACUGUUGUGGUAUAGAUGAAAGUAAGUAAAGCAAAUUUAAUUUUAUCUGUAAUCUGGUUGGGGAUUUUUGACUUUUUCUCAAUAAAAUUAUUUUUGGGGAAAUUA